AUGAUGGUGUCAGUCUACUGCAGAGUGAUUUUCCUAGGGAUACUCCUCUCCACAGUUAUCUGGCUAUUCGUGUUCAGGGAGAGUCUCGGCAUGGUCUCAAGCCUAGACUACGCCUCACCAGCUAGCCAGCCCGAGAACGUCACCAUAGCAGACCCGGCUACCGCGGUCAACAGAAAUCUGACGUCGCUCAUACUCUACGCCUACGCGGAGUCUGAGACGGCCCGCGAGAACCUCAGGUUCUUCUUAGAGAAAGGCAUCCACGGCGGGGCAGAUUUCAUCUUCAUAUUUAAUGGCGAGACUGAUGCAGUGUCGCUCGUUCCCGAGCUCCCCAACAUCAAAAUCAUCCAGCGCGAGAACACUUGUUUCGACCUAGGCAGCAUGGGCAAUGUGCUGCGGAAAGAUGACCUCUGGAAACGGUACAAGCGGUUCAUCACCAUGAACGCCAGCAUCAAGGGCCCCUUCCUGCCGCGCUACGCCAGCACAGCAUGCUGGACGGACAUCUUCCUGAGUCGUAUCACAGACUCGGUAAAGCUGGUCGGCACGACUGCCAACUGCCAGCCGUCACCGCACGUCCAAUCCAUGCUCUGGGCCACUGACGACGUCGGCAUGGGGAUUCUUCUCGACCCGGCCCUGGCCUACUCCGUUCCCCAGGCUGAUCCCUGGGGCACGGUAGAUGACCCUGUGGGGCUCAGCUUCUGCCACGAAUCAAUGGACGCGGCUGUCCAUUCCGAGCUCGGAUCUACGAGGCUAAUCACGUCACAAGGCUAUGCGGUCGACGUUCUGAUGACAGCUUACGAGUUGUCAGCAGGUGCUGGUAUCGAGGAAUACUGUAAAAACGGUCAAUUCGAGGACAUAUUGUACGACAAGAAGUACUAUGGGACCAAUAUUCAUCCGUAUGAGACCGUCUUUAUCAAGACGAAUCGCGAUAUCGAUCCGAUUCUUGUGGAGAAAAUGACAGAUUGGCAUCUGAGGAACGGUCUUGAUAGUUGGAAGAUCUGUAAAUGA